AUGCCACGUAAGCUACGUAAGAAUAUACGUAAGAGGAAGAGAGCAUUGAAACAUCCAAUAGUAAGACUAACACCACAACAACAGUUGCAACAACAAAUGCUGAAUGACCCCACUAUGUUGCAACAAAUGUCAAGCAAUCCUAUGCUUUUAAACCGAGUUGUUGGUGCACAGAGUGGAGGUUUAAGAGCGGCACUUUUAGCGAAAAUGGCAGGCUAUGGUGGAGCUGCAGACGGAACAGCCUAUAACCCUCAAAGUCAAAUGAAUUUGAGUUCACUCAAAAAUCAAAUAGCAGAUGUCAAAAAGUCAAACAUAGACAUACAGAAGCAAAUAAGUGAAAACGAAAAGAAACUAGAAUAUGACAGACACACAAAGAAACUCAAUGAGUUAAACGUAGAGAAAAAGAAGAAAGAAGAACAACUGAAAGAACUAAGUACAGAGCAAUAUGCGAAAAAAGUGUCAGAAAAAGCAGCAGAAGUAGCAAAAAUGGAACAAGAUGUCAUAA